AUGCAAUUGAAGCCCAUCAACGCCUUGACAACAACGCUCAUGUUCGGCUUUGCACUGAUCGUCGUCUUCCUCACAGGCUUUCUUGAGUUCCCAUCCGCCAAAUUCUUAAUCCCGUCGCCCAAAGACUCGAUUACCUUAACCCCGUCAAAUUCGUCCCCAGACCCCUUCAAAGACUUGUUCCAAGCUUUCAAGAACUGGGAUUCGCAGGUGGGAUGUUCCGAAUUCCGAGGAAAACACGAGGAUUUGCUGAAAAAUGGGUCAAAGAUCGCGUCUUUACAGAAUGCCGAUGGUGAGAUCAGGUGCGGCGAGUUGCAGAUGAAGCACGUCAGUGUUCUGGUCAAAGGGUGGACUUGGAUUCCGGACAACAUGGAUAAUCUGUACAGCUGUAGAUGUGGGCUGAGCUGCUUGUGGACUAAAUCUCAAGUUAUCGCUGAUAAUCCUGAUGCACUGUUGUUCGAAACUACGACUCCUCCGUUUCAGAGACUAGCAGGUCACCCGCUUCGUGUAUAUAUGGAUCUUGAAGCUGGCAGGAAAAGGUCAGGCUAUGAGGACAUUUUUAUCAGCUAUCAUGCCAAAGACGAUGUUCAGUCCACUUAUGCCGGGGCCCUCUUUCACAACAACCGCAAUUACCACUUAUCUCCUAUUAAGAACAAUGAGACACUCGUCUACUGGUCCUCUUCACGGUGUCUACCUGAAAGAAACAAGCUAGCCAAGAAGCUGCUUGGCUUACUCCCGACCCACUCUUUCGGCAAGUGCCUGAACAAUGUGGGGGGGCCCAACCGAGCCCUCUCCUUUUACCCAAAGUGCAAAAAGGACCCGAAAGAGGCACCUAAGUGGUGGGAUCACCUCCACUGUGCCAUGUCCCACUACAAAUUCGUCCUCGCCAUCGAGAACACAAUGACCGAGAGCUACGUGACCGAGAAACUCUUCUACGCUCUUGACUCGGGGGCCGUUCCCAUUUAUUUCGGGGCCCCCAACGUGUGGGAUUUUGUGCCGCCUCAUUCGAUCAUAGACGGGACCCGGUUUGGGUCGUUGGAUGAAUUGGCUUCUUAUGUUAAGUCAUUGGCGAACGACCCUGUGGCGUAUGCUGAGUACCAUGCUUGGAGAAGGUGUGGGGUUUUGGGUAAUUAUCGGGAGACGAGGGCUGCCAGCCUGGACACAUUGGCUUGCAGGGUUUGUGAAGCCGUGAGCAGGAAAAACGGGAGGAAUGCGAAAGCUUCGUGA